GCGAUAGGCUGACUCAGAGGCUGAAGAUGGGUGACUUUGCCGCCAACGCCAACCUCCAGCCGAAGGACAAAAAGCCCAACGAGAAGGAGCAGCCAGACAGCUGUCCGAGGCGGCAGCUGCAGGCAACUGCAGCGGCAGCUGCUAAGGCCGUGCAUGUCGAUGGUUCCGAGGCUGAUCAUGAUCAGGGAGGUCCUCCUCCUCCACAUGAUGGAGGAGGUCACCUCCUCGGUGUCGAAGAGGACAACGGCUCGAAGCCGGACAGCUGCAAACGGGAGAAGGUUUCGACGAGCGAAAGCGGGCCAGCAGCUGCGGGAGACGCAAAAGGAACCGGAGGGAUCCGUCUUGACUCCGUCGGAGCUAGUACGGGAAGCAGCACAGCAUCCUCAGCAGAUCGUAAUGCCAACUAUCGAGAUGAGCAAGUGUCGUCCUCCUCCUCUUCGAGCGGAGCUCGUGGGGCCUGCCCACCUCCCGCCGGAAGGCCGUCUGCUGUCGUCGAAACAGGUGGUGUUACUGCCGAUCACAAAAUCGUAGGUGAUGUGUCUCCUCAUGUGGAGACAGGUCCUGUUUACCCGGACAUAAGCGGGCUGAACAUCGGGGCCGUUUCAUCACCGAUUGCAUCCUCGGGGCAAGCUCGAGCGCCAGCUGCUGGCCAGCUGGGGGUAAAGGUGGGAGGAAGCAAGGAAGAGGAGGAGGUACUGGUCGUACUAAGCAAAGGAGAGAAGGUGGUGGUCGUCGACAACAUGGAGAAGCUUGGCCGCUUGCUCACAGCGUUGAAAUCUCUGCGUCCGGCCGUCCGACGUAUCUAUCUCGAUUUCGAAGGGAUCGAUCUAUGCAGAGACGGAAGGAUUUGCAUUGGACAGCUCACCUUUCCCAAUACCGAGGGGCGAGUGUACCUUCUGGACUUCGUCGCCAUGCCCGACAUCCUCUCGACUCUUCCAUCUCCUAGCAGCAGCGCUGAGAAGUCCGAUCUUCCGACUCCGCUCUCUGCGAAGAGAGCUGAUGACAAGGCAAUUGAAGCAGAUAGCUUCACACUGAAGAGCGUGCUGAGGUCGGCAGACUUCGUCAAGUUUUUCUUCGACCCGCGCAACGACGUGGACGCAAUGUAUCACCAGUGCGGUGGGAUCAUGCCAGUCAACGUGGUCUGUCUGCAACUCUGCGACGUGGCCAAGGACAGGCAGUGUGGGCGGAUGAGAUCGAAAGUGAACGGGCUAGCGCGGGCGCUAAGUGACGUUCUCUCGUUUUCUGACCGGCAAAGGUUGACAAAUGCGAAGAACAAGGGGAAGAAACUGUUUGCCCCGGAGUGCGGAGGGACGUAUGAGGUCUUCGCGAGGCGACCGCUGCAUCCUGGCAUAAUCGAGUAUGCAGCCACGGACGUGCUGUUUAUGCCGAACCUCGAAAAGGACUUCUGGACGCCCCUUUCCGAUCAUUGGAAAGCUUGGGUAAAGCGGGAGAGCGAGAAAAGAGUCAACAUGUGUUUGAGACCAUCGCACUGGGGCCAUGGCCGUCAUAACGCCAUUGCCCCCAACUAGCUGCCACCGAUACUCUCUCUCUCUCUCUCUCUCUCUCUCUCUCUCUCUCUCUCUCUCUCUGUGUGUGUGUGUGUGUGUGUGUGUGUGUGUGUGCGGAAAUGCACGUAACUUUGUUUUGUCUGAUUAGCAUUUGCCGAGCAUGGGGGAGUGGAUGGUCACGAGUUGCUUGCGCUCCUCCAAGUAGCUGUGGCUCUACUUUCCGUUUUUGAACAUUCCUGGUAGAUUUUCUGAAUCCAAGGCUGGCUGGUGCUCGAGAACUUCCAGCCAUCCGUCUCUCAGUAAGGCAUGAGCAGUACAGCAGCCUGUUCGC